GUGCCUUUGGGGCGAGCGGACGUCUGGCUUCGCGGGUUUCACCGGCGGCGGCGGCGGCGGCGGCGGCGCGGCAGUGGAACGUAGGGUUUCUCUGUGUAGCUUUGGCAGUCGUGGAACUCGCUCUAUAGACCAGGCUGGCCUUGAACUCCGAGGUCCAACCUGCCUCGCUUCCAGAGUGCUGGGAUUAAAGGCGUGCACCACUCCCGCCCGGCUACACUGACUAUUCUUUAAAGAGAUCGUCAUUUCUACAAAGAAAUCAGAAAGUAAUGCAUGGUAGUUUAAACUUAACUUCUACCCACCAGCACAUACAGACCAGGCCUGUAACUACUCCCUGGGAACCUGCGUGUCAGCAGCCCGGAGCCCAGAGCCUGUCGUGGAGCCUGCACAAUCAAUCCUGACUGAAGCGGAGGGCCGAAGUGCAAUCCACCCAGGGCGCAGCUGAGUUUUGAGAGGCAUUAAUUCCUUGGCGUCCACCAAGGGACCACUGGGACUAAUUCUCAUGGCAAACUUGUGGCCAGCCCAAACUACCAAGCUUCACAUUCCGGUUGUGCUUGGUUAUCGCCCAAGAUUGGCUUCCACAAGAGAUGAAAUGUGGUCUGAGGGACGCUAUGACUACGAGCGACUUCCGAGAGAACGAGUGCCUCCCCGGAGCCAUCCCAGUGAUGGCUACCAUAGAGUAGUUAAUGUUGUGCCAAAGAGACCACCUCUCCUAGACAAGAGACCACCUCUCCUAGACAAGAGACCACCUCUGCUAGCCAGACCCGAUGAAGGCUACAAUAGAUAUUACACUCAUGUUGAUUGCCGAGUAUGUAACGAGGGCCGCAGUUUUUCUCAUGAUCGAAGAAGUGGCCCAUCUCACAGAGGAGAUGAAUUUGGCUACAGAUGGACAAGAGAUGAUCAUUCCACAAGCCGGCAGUCUGACUACAGGGAUAUGAGAGAUGGCUUUAGAAGAAAGAGUUUCUACUCUUCCCAUUAUUCAAGAGACCGCUCUCCCCAUAAAAGGGACGCUCCGUUCUUCAGAGAAUCACCUGUAGGCCGGAAGGACUCCCCACACAGCAGGUCCGGCUCCAGUGUCAGCAGUAGAAGCUAUUCUCCAGAACGAAGCAGGACACACACCUUCCAUCAGUCUCAGCACAGAAAUUUAUUUAUUUUAUGUACGAGUACACUGUGGCUGUCUGCAGACAUUCAGACACAUCGGAAGAGGGCAUUGGAUCCCAUUGAACUCCGGACCUCUCCAAGAGCAGUCAGUGCUUGCCCCUAACCGCCGAGCCAUCUCUCCAGCCCCUCCACACCCAUUCUUAAAAGGCCUUAUGUUUUUAAAAUCAGUGUAUAUUAACUAUACAAAAUACUUUUAUUUAUUCAUAUAAUAUGCUUUGAUCAUACUGUCGUCUUUCCACUUUGUCUUCCAUCUCGUGACCCCCUUCUUGUUCCCAAAUAGUAGCCCUUUUGUCUUCAUACGCUGCCAUCAAGAGUUCCUAGAUGGGAGGAAAUGUGCAGUGUUUCUCCUUCUGAGCCUGGUUAUCUCAUUCAUUAAAUUCUUGUAAUUAUUUCACAAAGUUCCUAGUCAUCUGCGUGUUCCCUUUGCUUGUGUUUUAAUUUUAAACCUUCAAUGUAGAGGGGAACUCAGUAUAGUAUCUGUGUCUGGAGUGUGUUUCUUGAAUUAGAAUGCAUCCGUCAUGUCUGUGCUUGUUAAGUGCUGCACUCAGUCUGCCAUGCACAGCCCAUAACCUCACCAUCCACAGUGAUGCUUUCUGGUUUGCUUUUCCACAGUAUCCUUUGUUCUUAAGUGAGCUUAAGUGUUGUUACAGUUACAUUUAUCCUAUAUUUUAUCAGGAAGUCCUGUCUGGAGGAGAAAGCAUUGUUGGGAGUGUUAUUAGUUGUGUCCUUAACUGUUGCUUGUCAGGACUCACCAAAGACAGACUCUUGCAGGACUUACUACUUCUCGGAAGCAUUUAAGCUAUGCCUUUAACUUUGUUUCACCUCAAUGCCCAACAUUAUAACUAGUAUAUGGAUCCAAAUGAAAUGCUUGUUGGCUUACAAUGUCACCAGUUUCAGUUACAAGUUGAAUAUGUCUUUAAGAUGGUAAUGAAUUUUUUUCUUUUUUCUUUUUUUCUUUUUUUUUUUUUUUUUUCCGGAGCUUGGGACCCAGGGCUUUGUGGUUGCUAGGCAAACGCUCUACCACUAAGCCAAAUCCCCAACCCCGAUGGUAAUGAAUUUAAAUAAUAUACCUUACCCACCGUUCUUCAUAGCUUAGAAACAGUACCUUAUGGUUUGGGCUGCUGGUUAUGAUCAGCAUGGGUCACUGUUCCUGAUAGUGUCCAGUGUUGCAUGUAGCGUGCCACGUGAAAAUACUCUAACACGCAGCUUAGGAGAAAGGGGCUUAUUUUAGCUCACAGCUGUAGGUUUCAUCCAUCUCUCAGGGAAGUCAAAGUGCCAGGGACUGGAAGUGGCUAGUCAGGCUAUGUCCACAUCAAGAGGUGACCAUCAACUGUGAGCCUCAUGCACAGUUCUCUUUCUCCACUUUUGCACAGUGCAGAGUCCUGCCUAGGAAUUGUACAAACCUUAGUGAUCCGAUCUUUCCACAUCAAUAAACAUAGCUAAUUAGGUAUGGCUGGCCCCACAGAUAAGACAAGAUACCUGACCUAGAGGAUUGACACUGCCUGUUAUCAGGUGAUUUGUACAUUGUGAAGUAGAUGGUUAAAACUAAGCCUCAGCCCUAGGAAAGAUCAGUACUUGAAGAAAGACUCCUCCUGGAUGCAUAUGGCCACUCUUAUCCUUGUGACAUUGGAAUCUGUAUGUUGAAUGAUUGUAAAUCAGUGAAGAAUCGAAAUUCAUUUUUUCUUCGUUUGUGCUAUUUAUUGGUGACAGGUGUUUUUGUUUUUGUUUUUUUUUUUAAGUUUUAUUUACUCCCUGAAAAUUGAAUGUGUGUAUACAGUGUUUUGAUAAAUCCACACCAACCUUUUUCCUUUAUCUUAUAUCCUUCCCUUCUUACUCCUUCUUCCUUCCAACUUCAUGGUCCUGUUUUUUAAAUCUGAGUUCACAGAUUGUUACCAGUAUGUACAGGGGUGUAUGGCCAGCCACUGCACUAUGAGUAACCUCUCAGGGGCUACAUUCCUGAGGAAAAUGGAUUGUUUCUUUCCCAGUAGCCACCAACUGCCAAUAGCACCUUAGUCAGGGACAGGACUUUGUGAGACUGUCCCCAUCCAUGCGGGGUUCUGGCUGGCGUGGUCUCGUGCAUGCAGUCACAGCACUGUUGAGUUCUUGUGUGUAAGGGUCGUGUCAUGUCUGCAAACCAGCGUUACAGCAAUCUUCCAGAACCUCUGGCUCUCACCAGUUUUUCUGUUCAUUUCCACAGCGAGCCUUGGGCUCGGGAGUAAGGGGUCUGGUGCACUUGUCAGCGUUCAACAGUCUUACUCUGUGCACUUUGGCCAUCUGUGUGAGCUUCUGUAUUAAUGAAUAGCAACUACAGAGGGAAACCUCUGAGGAAGGUGAGCUGCCUUAGUCUGUGGGUGUUGUGAAACUUGAGGCAUGAGUGUGCUGUAUAGACCUGGCUGGACUGUAGCCUAACCUGACUUUGAACUUACAGUGCUUAUGCGUCAGCCUCUUGAGUGUGAGUGAUUAUGAAUAUGUCUCCAUGCCGCACUUACCACUCCUUAGUCAUAAAUACAUGAUGUAACUUUCAACCCUUCCUUUACUUUCAGAAUUUCCCUUCCCUGAUUUAAACACGUUUCAUUAAAGAACAGGAUUGUUUGGGGCUUGUAUUUUUACCUGUUGUAAAGGAGAGAAUGUGUCCUGACUGAGCUGAAUUUGGUGCAGCCGAGAAGCUGGUAUCCGAGUGGAUGAGACAGGUUGAAGAUGUUCGUGUUCCGCUUCAGUUGGUGCCAAGGAAGAAAAGGAGAGCAGAGACUAAGACCUGGGAAAGGUUAGCCAACAAAGAAGAGAGAAAGAUGUGGCCAGGAAGAGAGAGACCAAGGCACUAAGACCCAAAAUAGACCCAGAGACCACAUGCAGAAGGCAUAGUCCUCAGCCUAAAGCUGGGCAGUGGUGGGCCUGUUUGGAAGAAGUCUUUGACUGAGAGCACAAAAGGGGCCUCUCCUGUCUCCUGUGUCUGCCAUGAUUGUCGUAGGACUACAGAUUGCCGUAGCUUGGGCACAGUUAAGCAGAGUGAGAAGUCAAAAGUUUUGAGCCAAAAUAAUAAGCCUUUCUUCCUUAUAUUUUGUUUAUCUUGGGUAUUUUUCCUCACAGUGGUACAAGCUGAACACACAGAUAAAAUCAAACAUCAGAAGACUAAGAUCUUGUUUAUGAGUCAGUGAAAUGUAUCAACAGAGGGAGAGCGAGCCCCUUGGGUUUAAGAGACAGAGUUUAUUCUUUGUGUGUGUGGGCAUUUUGCCUGCAUGUAUGUAUAUUCACCACACACCACAUGCCUGUGGUGCUCUCAGGCCUGAAGACAACUUUGGGACUAGAGUUACAGAUAGUUGUGAGCAGCCGGUACUCAACCAUGGAACCAGCUCUCUAGCCUGAGACCUUAGUCUUAAUGUAAGAGGGUUAUUGAAAACUGCGUGAAGAAUGUGUGCUCGGUGGCAUUCUUAUUGUUAUGGAAAGAUUCCACAGUUCAGAUUGAUUUUAUUCUUCUUAGAUUUUAAUAAUCUAAGUGAAUUUAAGGCAAUAUGGAUGAGAAUUGUGAUUAACUAUGUCAGUUAUUGGUGUCUCCAAAAUUUGAAUUUAGAAUUGUCAAAUAUACAUGUACCAGUAAAUUAAUUGUUCAGAUUUAAAAUUUCUGAUUUAGAUUUAGCUACCCAUGGUGGCAAAUGCCUUUAAUCCCAACCCUCUGGAGGCAGACCUUAUAGAUCUUUGUGAGUUCAAGACCAGCCAGAAUUAGUGGUAUAACCCUGUAUUUUUUAAAAAGUCAUUUGUCGUAUUUUCUGAUAUUGGUUGAGUGAAUACUUCUAUUGAAAGUGACUUCAUACUGCCAGCAUGAUACAUUCGAACACAAGGUCUGAACAGAUGUGAAAAGGACUGGAAUGGGCACAGGGCACACCAAGAUCAAAUUCUCAGCACAAAGGAGAUUUGUCUCGAGGAAAAAGGGGCAGGAGACAGGAGAUAGAGAACUAGGAACUGGGAAAGGGAUAUUUGUCCUGGAGGGACAAAGGACUGACCCUGGCUAGAGAGGAGACAGACUUGGCCCAUAGGCAAAUGAUGUUUGUUUACAAAGGUAAAAGAGUGGCCGUGCUAGGAUGAGGUGUUUAAUCUUGAUUGGACAGGUUAAUUAGGGUAGUCCCAAGGGGCUUUUGGUUGCUGGACUUCUGCACUUUGAUAGUAUGUAUUAACCUCAGGAGGAGAAAGUAUCCAGGGAAGGAGGAGACCUUGGUGGCUUAAGGAAUGGAAUCUAGUGAUUCAUCGCAAGGGAGAGAUGAAGUUACCAACCAACUGGUAGGAACUGGACUAAAUCAUUAAGAUGUCACUAUUCAUACCUUUUAAAGAUUCUUUUUAGGAUUUUUUAGUACAGCAAUUACUUUAGCUUUGCUGCUCAUGUGGAAUUAACCCAAAUGCGCCCAGAUUACAUGGCCUGCAUGUGAAUUACUGCAAACUGAAAGUUUGUGUCUAUCACAGAAAGCACUUUAACCUGUGAGCCAGGUGGCCUCUGGUUUGGAAAGCAGGGAGUAAAUCUUGUAAAUCUGCACAUCUGGCCUAUAGGUAAGGUCAGUCGCCUCCAAGCAGGAGGGUUAAGGAUCUGCAGAAUGUAAAAUUUAUGGGACUUGAAGGGCAAUUCUGAUAUUUCUGAUUCUGCUACGUGAGGUCCAGGAGAACGUUCCUGAGUAAUAAGUUUUAGAACCCAGUAAGGUUUAAAUAAUCUUUUUUUUUAAAAUAAUUUUAUUGUUUGAGACUUUCUAACCUACAUAUAAUGUUUCUUUUUAAUUAAAGAUUUAUUUAUUUUAUGUAUAUGAAUACAUUGUAGCUGUCUUCAGACACACCAGAAGAGGGCAUCAGAUCCUAUGGUUGUUAGCCACCAUGUGGUUGCUGGGAUUUGAACUCAGGACCUCUGGAAGAGCAGUCAGUGUUCUUAACCGCUGAGCCAUCUCUCCAGCCCCCCAGGUUUAAAUAAUCUAAAGCUGGUUACCCACUGUCUGUCGAGGGCAUCCCCUUGUCAGCUGAACCAGGUCAGGAUGAAUUCCAUUUUUGGUUCUUUUUUUUUUUUUUUUCGGAGCUGGGGUGAAUUCCAUUUUUGAAUGUUUUUAUUUUUGGUUAUAACUUCCUGUUGGGUGACCACAAAUGAGUCUCUGUUAGGAUCUGUUAAGACUCCCUCGGAGAUACCCUUGGCUGCCUCAGUUUCCCAUUACCAGAAGGAUUACAACCUUGCUAUGUGGACAUACUGAGUCGCUCAGCAGAAUAUAUACUUGUUAGACAUACACAACCUCUGGGAUUCUUUGCUGUUCUGGGUAAGAGGGCCUGUGACAUAUUAUUUGUGUGGAGGUCCCCUGAGAGCUGGCUGAUCUGGGGACAAGGGCAGAGUACUGGCUGUUCUCCUAACUCCUUAGUUGUCACGUGUGAUCAUUUGAAGCAUGGGUGAUAGUUCAAGCAUGUCUUAAAACAUGACAGAAAUAGUUUUAAAUAGAGAUGCUUUUGAGACUUAAAUUUUAAUUAGCUAAAAGUCUGAUAAACUCCAUAGAAAUUCCAAAUUAGCUUGACAAAAUACAAGAUUUUUGUUCUUUAAACAAGUAUUUUUAAACCCAUAUCACUGUGUGUAUACGUGUUGGGGUGUGUGUUCUUCGGGCACUAUCUGUCCUUUAUUUUAAAAAUCAACCCUCUGAAGCUGGUGGCUGUGAGUUUCUUUGUGUUCGCCUUCCUAUCAUUGGGUUAUAAGCACGGAACCACUCUGGCUGGCUCCUACAAAUGUGGGUUCUGUGCCCCACAAAGCGUAUGCCUCAUAACUGCAAGGCAGUCACUUUAUAGCCCAGACCAUCUCCCCAGC